AUUUCACUGAAAUAUCAUCCAAUAAAAUUCAACUCGGCCUACAAACCCACCAUGAAGUUCCAACUAUCCACCCUUGCCAUGCUCGGCUCCUUUGUGGCAUUCGCCCAUGGGGUCUGUCUCAAAACCAGUGGCAACGCUCAUAUUGUCCCCAAAACCGGAGAUAUGAAAAUAUUUGCCCUUCUCUACAACGAUGGCAAGCUUGUUUGCAGUAUCGAUCGUACCACCUAUGACAAGGAAAUGUGGUUGGACUGCCAUGAUGGACACUAUUCCGCGAUUCCGGAUGACCUUAGCGUUGUCGCGUAUGCACACAACAAGGUGGAUUACCAAAUUCCACUCCAACCGGAGAGUGUUGGAGAAUAUUCCUGGGCCUGGAACGGCCAAUUAGGUUGUUGAUUUAUAGCGCACCCUACUGUGACGGUGGCUCAAGCCAGGAUUCAGCGCACACCUAUACUCUUCUUAGACAUCCCGUGGACAGUGCUUGAGAGACGGGGGGGGGUUGACGUUCCUGACGCUCUUCGGCUCCAGUCAGACAAUCAUUAUUUUCAAAUUGGGUACGGAUAAACGAUUGGAAAUGUAUCUUUUGAGUCCUGGGAACACACCGCCUCAUUUCUCAACUUAGUCUAUCAUUUCUGGGGAAUUUAAAUUAUACAGCUUCC